AUGUUUUACAACUUUAACAAUUUUAUUUUUAAAUUAUUUUUAAUUAAUUUAUUUUAUAAUUGUUUGUGUCACCAACAUCAACAUUAUUUUAAUAAUUAUCAAAAUAAUUUGUCAAAUCCAUUUUUAUAUGCGCAACAACAACCAACAGUUUAUCUAACAUUCGGUAAUCAUCCACUAGUUUUUCCUUACCCACAAACUUCUAACAAUCAGCAAAGGCUAUCUAAUUCCUAUCCUUGUAUAAGCAGAUGUCAGCCUUAUCGUUGGACAACUUAUAGAUGGAAUGGAGCAAGUAAAAUCUCUUCAAAUCGCCCUCAACAACCAAAUACUUCCUCUCCUCCUCCUCCAACAACAACAACAAUAUCCCCAGAACCUUCACCUAUUGUUAUUCAACUUAACAAUACAAUUCAACCAAUACAAUCUGCAAACAUUCAAAGUGCCCUAAUUCGUCUAAUAUUCCAUUCAACAACAUUACAAACAACAACAAAUUUAAUUACUACAAGUUCUGUUGUUUCUGAAUUACCCACACCCCCUCCCUAUACACAAAACGUUCCUGGAGAUGUUGUAUCCUCUUUUCAACGUCCAAAUCCUUGUCCUGAAGGACAACCAUUAAUUAAUGGUUUGCAUAACCCUAUGACCUGUAAUUUUGUUGUUAAACCAAAUGGUGGUUGUCCAAAUAAUUAUUGGUGUCAUACGGGUGCCUCUUAUGAGACAACAACUUGCUGUCCAUAUAAUGAACAUUCAAAAUCUCGUUGUCAAUUACCCCGUGCAGGUGGAACGGGGGAUGAAUUAAUUCCUCGUUGGUAUUUCGAUGCUGGAGCACAUAAAUGUAAACGUUUUUUAUAUCGAGGAAUGCACGGAAAUGCCAAUAAUUUUGUUACAGCAAUGAGUUGUUCCGAAACUUGUGAAAAUACUGAUUAUUUAGCUUCGGCAACAAGAAAUCCUUGUUCAAAUGGGUGGCCAGCACGUGAUUUAGCUGGUAAACAAUUUCUCUGUGGAACGUCAGAUUCCCGCUGUCCUGCUGGGUAUUUUUGUCAUUUGGGGGAAUUAGCUACUUUAAAUGUUUGUUGCGAACUUUCAACUGCAGCUUCAAAUCGUUGUAAUUUGGCUUUACGUAUUGGUGAAGGAAUUGCAAAUUUGAAACGUUUUUAUUUUAAUACUUUAACAAGAAAAUGCACAGAAUUUGUUUAUAAAGGAAUUAAAGGAAAUGAAAAUAGUUUUUUGACUAUUGAUGAAUGUAAAGCUAUUUGUAAAAAAUUACCCAAUCCCUGUCCAAUGCAUUACGAUUUGGGUGAAAGAAAGGAAUGUACUGGGACGGAUGGACAAAGUUGUGGUCGUGGAGAAUGGUGCCAUAUAGGGUCUAAAAUAGAAACAACUGCUUGUUGUCCUGCUGCUGUUGUUGAUAUUUGCAAACUUCCCUUAGAUUUGGGACAAGGAAUAGAGAACUUAACUCGUUGGUAUGCUGUUAAUUUAGAAGAUCCUUGUAUGCGUGAAUGCCGUCCUUUUCAAUAUAGAGGAAUGAAAGGAAAUCAAAACAAUUUUUUAACAAAAACAGAAUGCGAAGCUCGUUGUAAAUCUGAAUGUCCAAUCUCUUUAAAUCCUUGUUCAGAAAAUGGACAAAUAUUAUUAAAUAAAGAAGGCAAACCACAUCGUUGUAAUUCCACAAAAAGUGGGCAAUGCCCGCCUAAUUAUUGGUGCCAUAUUGGGGCAAAUGUUGAAACUACUGUUUGUUGUAGUAGUGGAGUAGGUAAAGCUUGUAAUCAAUCACUUGCUGAGGGUUUUGGGAAUGCUCUUCUUUCUCGUUGGUAUUAUAAUUUUAAAGAUGGAAAUUGUCAAAAAUUUAUUUAUCGAGGAAUUGGGGGAAAUCGGAAUAAUUAUGUUGAUUAUGAUGAUUGUAUGAAUGCUUGUCCAGAUAAUUCUAAAGAAGAAGAAAAGACUUUAACAACAACAACCCCAUUGCUUACAACAUCAAAAGCAACAACUACAACAACAUUAAAAACAAAAGGAAUUAGAAAAAUAAAAAUAAAUCCUCCUCCCCCAGCACCCCCACCAACAACUAAACAACAACAAUUAAUAAUUAAAGAAAUUAAUUUAAUAGAAAAUCCUUGUAGUAACGGAAAUAAACCUUUAUUAAAUCCAAAUAAUUUAUUACCUUUUGAAUGUUCACCAGAGCAAAGAUGUCCAGAUACUCAUUUUUGUCAUAUUAGUGAUAUUAAAUAUUUAUCACAAAAAUGCUGCCCUAAAAGUAAGUUUUUUUUGAAAAAUUUGGGUUACUUUUAA